CUCAAGAUGGAAAAUCAUGAAUCAGAUGAUACUUUCAAGGAAGACCACAUAUUUGACAUCAUAAACAGAAAAAUUAACCAACUUUCAGAAGCAGGAAGGAAUCUACUUGAACAUGGAUCAAUAUACAUUGGACUUAAUGCUGCUGACUGUGGCCUAAUAGCAAAGUCUUUUUUUGGCAUCUUAAAUGUGACACAGGCUCAUAUAGCUGCUGGUUUACCAAUGGCAGAGAUCCCAUUUUUGACAGUAAAUGUAUCUUACAAAGGUUUUAUAAGUUUACCAUUGAAUACAGGUGAUUUGAACUGUGAAACCUGUACCAUAACACCAGGUAGAUUGGUUGGACUUGUUUUUGGUGGUCUGUACCCUCUUUUCUUGGCUAUUCCUGUGAAUGGUGGUCUGGCAGCCAGGUAUGCCUCAGCCCUGCUACUAGAGAGGGGUAACAUCUUAACCUACUGGGUCAGAAUUUCUAAACCUAUAUUUAGAAAGAUGUUAUUUCCCAUUUUGCUCCAGACUGGGUUUUCAGCAUACCUUAGUUCUAGACAAUAUAAACUACUUGUAAAGGCUCUUCAGUUACAUGAACUGGCCUAA